ACAUCUUUCCUCUCUCUGCCAUACCCAAUUUCUGUUCAACACCAUCCGUGCAACAGUCAUCCAGUUGUCCACCAUCCCCUUCUCCAUUUGGCCUUUUCUGUUACAGAUUGGCCCUAUCUUGUCAAUUCCAACACCCUGGAAUUGUCACAAUUCAUCGUUGGGAAAGCACAAACUUUCUCUGUCCGGUACGUAGGUAUUUUGACUUGUUGAGCCCCAUCAUACCUCGCCCAUUCCCAAUUGCCUUGCGCGUGCCACCAACAGGAUCGACCUUUGACCUUACCUGAUCGAGAGAACAUCCUUUGUGAAAGAAUACCCAGCCCAUCAACUCCACACUUCCUUUUACCUUCUCUUGCUCUUUCUGCCCUUCACCGUCGAAAGGCUCAACGACACUGGUGCUCGACCCACAUGACUGUGCACAACAAUGUCGACAUCCAUCAAACGCCAACAACAAUUCUUCGAUUGGGCCCUGGUUCACCUGCAGGCCUCCUGGACACCGUCACAGGUUUCUCCCAACCAGACAAAGAACCUCCCCGUCCCUCCAACUUCAAGGUUUAUUAGCAAAGGUCGGGAAUCAAUGCACGGGUCUCAGUUGCCAAGCUCCAGUUCCAGCCCCCUCCGAAGAUAUCCCCUCCCGGCCUACCGAGUCCACCAACCCAGGCGCCGUACCAUAAUCAAGCAAAGCUAUCAAGCACAGCCAUCAAGCAGCAUACUCCGGCCCCCGACGUUCGACCAUCAUGCAACCCUUCUUUAGUCCAGGCUCCACCACACUACACCACUGGUCCCAGGCUGCAUUUACCCUGGUCUUCCCCGUUGCAAGGCAAUUCCACCAUCCGCCCGCUGAACACUACCACCUAACACCACCUGACGCCUGGCACCAGAGUCUUCUGCACUCCCUCGCUCCCCGAGUCCCCACUACUCCCAGCGCCUGCUUCCUGCCCACCGAGGAACCCUGACUGCACUCCAUGGCUCCCUAACGCUCUCUACUCUACCUUGCCCCUCAAAUCUUCCUCACUCACUUGGUCGUUCCCAUUCUGCCGAGACUCCCGUUCAAUACACCCGCACCCUCUCUUCUUACUUAUCCUGCCAUACCAAACCCUUUUCUGUUCUUCAGCACCAAUACAGCAAGUGGUUACUCGCUGCCUCUUCAAAAAUCCACUUCCUUAUUCCAGUUGCAGUUUGAUUGUUGCACAUCCCUCAAUCCACAAAGCUUGAUUGCUCGACAUCUGCCUGUCGUUCCCCCGUUUCCUCAUUGAGAUUUUGCCUGUGCCUGCGAUUGCACCCUGCACCAGCCUGUGUACGUCGUCGAAGUGCCACACCCGCCAUGCAUACCUCACCACCGCUCUUCACCAUCAACGCGUCACCGUCGCGCUUCUGCUCCGUUGACUCAUAUCCUGCUACUCUUAACUAACUGUCAUUACCUUUAUAGAAACAACUCCACCUUGGCGUUUCGACUUUUCAUCUCUCCAUCAAUUUGGGGAUUGCCUCAUUAGACAUCGGCAUACCUCGAAAGCUUCAUUACAACCACAAUGGCCGACAUCACUGAUCCCUCCACUGGUCUCGACCACCCCUCUCCCGGUGACGACCUUGCUGGCAACGGCGUUGACUCUCGGGGAACAAAGCGCCCUAGGACGUCCCUAGCAGGCGAUGACGACGACGAUGACGACGAAAAGGGAGGAAGAGAGCGCAGAAAGAUCGAAAUCAAAUUUAUUCAAGACAAAUCGCGCCGACACAUCACUUUCUCCAAGAGAAAAGCUGGCAUCAUGAAGAAGGCCUACGAGCUUUCAGUCCUCACCGGCACUCAAGUCCUCCUCCUGGUCGUCUCAGAGACUGGCCUGGUUUAUACUUUCACCACUCCUAAGCUCCAGCCUCUAGUCACCAAGGCCGAGGGCAAGAAUCUCAUUCAAGCCUGCCUCAACGCACCUGAGCCCUCGGGAGCAGAGAAUGGUGUCGAUACCGGCGAUGAUGUCGCGUCCCCCGAUGAUGUUCCUUCUCUCCCACCCGCAGCCGCAGGCAUGCCAAGACCCGCCGCUCAUGGUGGCUACAUGACUCAAGAACAACAACAGCAGGCUCUGUAUUACCAGCAAUUGCAACAGCAGAACCAAGGUGGUCAAUAUGCGGGAAUGCCGCAAAUGCCUCAACACCAACGUGCAUGAUCCACAUGACUCUCUCCUUAAUCGAUACCCAAAAUUCACGGUUCUGUCCCCCGUUUGUGCGCAACAAUGCCGACAGUCGAUGGACCCUGUCAGCCUGUGGCCAAGCCCGGUCUAGGUUCAACUAUCUAUGGCACAGUGCAUCUCUCCUCUCCGACAAAUGGGUCCUUGAAACUCUAGCUGGAGAGAAGACCUUGUCUGAUGCCUCGAGGAGAACGAGAGCAUGGACCUGCGCAUCCAGGGUUGUCUAGUACAUCAUUGAGUAUGUCUUGUAUGAGUCAAUAAACAGUGCGUCAAUAUGCGAAUGUUCAAAGGCUGAGAAUGAAGUUAUGGACAUUGUGUUGCAAGUGCUUCUACUGGUCUAGGUGGGGUCUAUACACGAGGGACGUAGGCAAGCAGCCUUGAUAUUCCUAUGGGGCCUCGCACAUAUGAUCCAGUAAUUAGCUAGCUACAAUGGCCGCAACCAAUCCCUUUUUCCACA